CAUCAUAGACUAGUACGCCACUGAUCACGACUCCUCCUCCUACUCUCUUACAGCAUGAGCGAUGAUGCAUAUGAUCGGAUGUCCACGUUCUCGUACAACGGGGAGGGUGAACCGGAUUCCUUUAGCCUUACUCAACUGCGAUCAGUUGUUGAUCGUUAUUUCUUGACAAGCUGCAAGCUGGAGAAGCUGGCUGAAGGAGGUUAUCACAAGGUAUAUGAUAUAUUGCGAUUAGAUGGUGCCCCACUUGAUGCUGUGGUUCGGGUAGCCUCUCCUGCGUUUCCAAAGGACAAACUUGAGUCGGAGGUCGCGACGUGCAAGAUGAUCGCUGCGUUCACAAAUGUACCUGUUCCGCGAAUCUAUGCGUGGAACUCUGACGCGUCGAAUCCUGUUGGAGCGGAAUACAUGAUCUUGGACAAGGUUAAAGGGACCCCUGCUAGCCAGAACUGGGGGGAUCUCUCCGAGGCGAUCAAGAAGACCGUAGUGACGCAAAUUGCACACUAUUUAUUGGAGAUAUGUUCUCUUCGGUUUGAAAGCGCGGGGUCUCUUUACUUGAGCCCUCUUUCACCUCACUUCGUUGUUGGACCGAUAGUCAGCACACCGUUCUACCGUGCUCUCGACGGCGUUGUCCGGAUUCCCAAUGCGCCCGUCUCACAAGAUGUCGAUUCAAACAGAGGUCCUUUCUCCACCGUAACUGAAUAUCUUUCGAGCAAUCUACGGGCAGAACUUGAUUUUAUCUCCAAUAACCGUUCUGUUGUUCUCUCUGAACUUCACGAAUACGACCCUACUCAGGUAGCAGAGAGCCGACUUGAACUUGGGGAGCGUGUUAUGAGAAAGGCUAUUGAGCUGUGCUCUGUAUACCCUGGUGAUGCGCUGGUACCUGCCAAUAUCACUACUCCACGAAGACCAUUCUCCUUAAAGUUUGAUGACUUCCGUUUAUCAAAUGUCAUGAUCGAUACCGAUACAGGUCGAGUCACUGGCUUUAUCGACUUUGAAGCAGCCACCAUCGCACCUCUAUGGGAGUGCGCAGUGAUCCCACGAUGGCUACAAGAUGCGGAUGACCCAGAGUCCAGUUUCGAAGGUGGAACCAGUGGAGAAAGAAAAGUUUUGCGUGCUGCUUUUCUUUCAGCAAUGGAAGGGUCCGCCCGAUACCCGGAGUGGAGAGAGGCGUGUGACAUGGGUCGUCCUUUCCGUCGGCUUACAGACAUGUUGUACUUCCAGGUAAACGUUUGGGCUUCUAACGACCAAGAUAUCUGGCUGGAUGAACGUCUCGAAUGGGCCAAAACCCACCCCGGGAUUGGGUUGCCUGAAAGAGACGAACUACAAAAUUGACACAUACCCCGUAACACUUUCUCAAUUUGAAUACUUCUUGAGCUCAACCUAUACUAGGACUGCAAAUGUACUAUUUCUGCUACAGCGUUGUCACGAGCAUAUGAGAGUAAUAACAAACAUGGAACAUAGAAUAUGCUGUCUUGUUUCCUGGCGACAUGGGAAACAGAUGAAUAU